CAGACAUAAAGCCUGCUGUGUAGUGGUUGCACUUGCAGAUUUGCAUAUCGAAGACUGGACUACUGGCCUUGGAGGAGGUCUGCGCUCUGAGUGCCCUCCUAGUUCCCAUGGUGGGCUUCGAGCUGUUUCUGACUGAAUACAAAGACAAUACAACACUUGGUGGACUUUCUUGACCUCCUUCACUUGCUCCUGGUGAUGUUUGCACCUCUCACAUUCCAGGUGCCCAGAGUGCCUUAUAUAAUUCCCUUGGGGAGAAAACUUGUAUAACCACGUGUUGGUACUGCCAAGCUGGAGGUGUCUGUGAUUUGACAGUGCACAAUUAGUUUUUGUCCUUGACAGAUCCCAACACUUGGCUUCAGCAGUGUGCUUUUCUAAGACAACUAUUUGGGUUCAUUAGAGAGGCAUGCAUGCAGAGGCUUCACUCAGAUCAGAUUACUGAUCAAGACUGCAGAACCCAGACGUUCAGCUUUGUAUCUGUUACAUCAUUUGAAGACAAAAACAAACAGUAUGCAUGCUGUGUGCACAUACUGCACGGCACUCUAAUUAAUGAGGACACGCGCUUAAUUAAGCUUAGUCUAUGACUCCAUAGUCAAUACUCAUAACUCAUAACUCAUUCACAUUUAAGAUACAUUUCAGAAAGCCCCUUUGCAAAGCCAGGAUUAAUUCUCCUGGUUGAAUUUGUACCCUGUAGGGGAAAGUGGCCCUCAGUGAGAGCGGUAACGGAACUAUGGAGGAAGUUAGUGUGGAGAUAUGUAAGAUUUGACACUACCUCACGUUAACCACCUGGAAGGUUAAAAUGGCUCACACUUGCUUUGUAAAAAUGGAAUUUAAUUCUCAAUAGCCCAAGUAUUGUUUUAUCAUGCUUUACAAUUCCAACUAAUGCACCGACCGAGCUGUAGCCCUUUUUCACAGCAGACAUUUUAUGUUAGAGCAGAAAAAGCACAGGUGGCCCGCAACUUUACUGUUUUGGUUCACUCUCACACCCAUCCUUAUCUCAUCCACCUUGUUUUCAGAAGCAGCAUGCUCUAUUUUAAGCGGAAAAGCUCUGAUAAACCCACUGUACACUACAUUUCCAGCACCAAAUGGCCUUCAGACAGUAAGUGACUAGCAUUUAACAGCUAAAGAGCGAGAUGUUUUUCUCAGGAGUUGGUGGAGACCAAAAGUUAAAAGAAAGUGAUUAUUCGAUUCAUGUUCAUCAGGUGGACACAAACACCACUCCAAAUGAAGGAUAAUGUUGCCCUGUGUCUGCUGGAUGUGCAAACAGGCCAAAGUUGCCGUUGGCAGAUGUCAACUCGACAAGGCCAUACAUGUCAAACGUGAGAAGCCAAAGUUGCCAACUGUUAAAUGUAGCAGUUAAAAGACCCUAGCCUGAAUAAUUCUAAAAUUGCCAACAUUUUAAUUGAAAUCAAGGACUGUCUGAUCAAAGAGUAAGUCAUAUGAUCCUGACCAGACAUUCGAUGGCAGCUUUCAGUAUGUGACAGAUUUUGAUACAUUUCAGUCGGUACAAGAAAGUAUUGAGACUCCAUACCCAGCUCUGCCCAUUUAAAAAAAAGGAAUAUUAGACUUCCAGCACAUUUGUCACGUGGCCAGAAACAAAUUAAUGCUAAUAUGAGUGAUAAUGGCUGCCUCAAAAAUCACUUCAUAUUUGCUGUAUAGUGCACUAAAUAUACUUUCUUACAUUUUGUUAGUGUCCAAAUUCCGAGUGUGAAUUGAAUGCAUUAUAUAGUGCCAACCAAAAUUCCUACAGUGGAAUGAAAAAAGUUUGAGCAUUGCUACUUUUUGCUGAUGAUCCCACAAUGCAAUGUGUUGCAUUUGAUAGAUGCAAAAUUAUAGUUGUGUGACACCACAACUGGCAAUGAGGAAGAGGCAAAAUGAUGAUGUAGCGUAAAGUGAGUGUAAAAUACUGUUAACAAAGGAGUGACUUUGGACUCAGUGUUAUAUGUUGUGUGUUUUAGCUUGUUCUGCUGCCCCCAAGAGUCAGUUAAUUCAGCUUUAAAUUGUUCUUACGGGAACGGUGGGAAACAUUCCAAAGCUCUUGGUGAUGGAGUGCAUGGUGAAAUACAAAUAUUCAUUCAUGAGCUGGAAAUAGUGGAAGCCACAGGUUCCUUUGAAAUAACGUAGUCAGACACUAAAUCAGCACAGAAAAAAGUGUAUGUUCCCAGCAGCAAGGGAAUUUCAGCUGCAAAAAUGUUGCUAUUCUGGAAAUGCUGAAAUUUCCUUCUUUAGAAUUUCUAGCGUCACUUUCUCUGAAUUCAAAUUCAGCUCCCGCCCCCUUCCUUCUUCCAAGAUGUUUGUUUUAAAGCUGAACUUUGGAAAGCCCCAUUGCGUCACCAAGAACUAAGGCUUUAAGUGCUUCUGCUUGGCUGCUUGCCUCAUCAGAGAGACAAGACGAACACAUGACAACAUCUUGCACCUACAGAGGCGUGGAACUAUCAGCAAAAAGACUGAGACUGCUGCACUGAAAACAGGACUCUUGUGAACUAGAUACAAGGACACCAUGGCAGACCAGCUAACGUUUGCUCAGGAGAACCGGGAGCGGAUCCAUGCUGUUGAAAACUCAUUUGGGCCGUUGGGGAAGCCCCUGUUCCAGCCGGGUCGGGUUCUGAUCGGAGAGGGCCGGCUGAGGAAGCAGAGCCGCCGGGGGCCACAGCCUAAAGUCUUCUUCCUCUUCAACGAUGUGCUGGUGUACGGCAGCAUCAUUCUAAAUGGCCGUUGGCACAAAAAACAGCAGAUCAUCCCUCUAGAGGACAUCCAGCUGGAGGACUUGGAGGACGGUGUGAGAAUGAAAAACCAAUGGUUGAUCCGCACACCACGCAAGUCCUUCUACGUGUCAGCCGACUCAUACGAGGAGAAGCGAGCCUGGAUCGAACACAUGGAGGACUGCCAGUCCAGACUCCAGCAGGGCGGCGGCCGCAGGCCCGUGUCCACCUUUGCCGUUACUUGGAUCCCUGACCAGGCCUCUGCCAUCUGCAUGCGCUGCUCUGACAAGUUCACCGUGACCCAGCGUCGGCACCACUGCCGAAAAUGCGGCUUUGUGGUCUGUGGUGCGUGCUCCAAGAAGAGAGCGGUGAUAGGACAUAUUCACCCGACUAAGUGGUUGAGGGUCUGCGCCAUGUGUCACUCGAGUCUUUCGAGGACGGAGACAAAGGCCCAAGAUAUGUCUCGUCUGAGAGGAAACAGCACUGGGAAGAUUGGCUCAGAUGAAGAUGAAGUGGAGGGGUCCAGUGAAGAAGAGGAGCAGAUGGAGGACCAUGACCCCAGCAGGUGGAUGGACUGCCAUAAGGACUCCUGGUCCCCCUAUGUCUACCUCAAACCAGAGCACAUGAGUCCCAAAACAUAAGCACAUCAAGAGUGCUGCAGUCACUCGGAAACAACCUUGUGUUGGACUUUGGGACUUGCUGUAACUUGGACACUAUGCUGAUGAUCCAGCUUUGUGCAGUAGAAGCAAGUUAAACGCCCUUCCCACUCAGUCAUAACCAUAACAAGACAAUAACGUUUAAACUGUUUUGUACAUGCUGUAUUUAUUGAUGUGAAUAGUUUGUCAUUGCUGCUCUUUUCACACUGUGCUGUUUGUGGAAACACUAUUGCUGUGAAGUCGGCACAUAAUUUUCUUUAUUUGUCGACAAAGGAUUUUGAGUAGAACACUUGAGGUAAGCCUCAGUCUGCCUUACUAGAUUUUUAUUUAAGUCUGAUUUCAGUCACUUGUGUAUGUCAGUGUUUGUGUACAUGGGAGCAUAUUGACUUACAUCUAUAAUCUGCCUCACAUUUGUCUUUGAAAUGAACAAUGAAAAAUAAAGCACUUACAAAUUAGAUAAAGGAUGGGGUUAUGUCAUCGGUCGAGUUGGUCUGUCUGUGUUGAUAUUUCAAGAACUACUUGACAAGUUUCUAUGAAAUAAUAACCCACACGCAUGACACUAUAAAGCAAAACCUCUUAGAUUUUUACUAUGAAGAACUUGUAGAUUCAUGGUCAAAUCAAUCAUUGUAGCACCACAUAUGGAUCCCCUGCAAUGUUUUGUCCGAUGGGUGGAGAAUGAAAAAAGGAAAAACCAACAGGUUUUAACACAUCAGUGCAAAAUCUUCCUCUAUAUGUUCUGUUGAGACCUGGUGACUGUGAAGGCCAUGCCAUAGCAAAUGAUUCACAUCAUUUUCUUACACCUCAAACAGUUCAGUGACCCCUCAUAUCCUGUCGAUGUGGGCAUUGGCAUCCUGGAUUUUCCAUUCAUUUAUUGUUUUUUCCCCUUUGUUUUGUCGCCCAUCAGUAUAUUGCUAUGCAAUGUAUGCCUCCUAUCUGCUGAUUGGCUUUAACCAAAUAAAGUCCUGUGUGGUCAUUUCUAGUGAGGA